GUGCUUUUCUCCGACCGUGGCAACGCUGAUGUCAUCACUUGGCUCGGCACGCAGGAGUACUGGGGCACGGAGGUUCGCGUGGAGGUCGAGGGAAGUCUCGACGGCUCGGGACACCUUCACGUGGACAGCAUCAAGCGCUUGAACGAUGGCAGUGUAUGGCAAGGAAGUGGUGCAGCAG